UAUUGUUUGUUUAUUUUGUGUUUUAAAUUUAUUUAUAAAAUGAGCAGCUACGAAAAGAAAGGGGAACCUUUAAUGUGUACAACAACCAGUGAUGGACACGUGGAUUAUGGCAUACCUUUUUAUUUUGCCAAAAGCAAUGACUACAGGUCAUCCACCAGAAGGGCACAUGAUCAUAUACCUUCUAAGCCAUUCACGUUUAGUCACAGGGUAAAAGCCAUAAUAAACCCUAACAUCCUCAAUGUGGAUGAAAGGAUCAAGUCAGAAGAAUUCAAAACCUCUUACCAAAGUGCCUACGAUUUUAAGCCAGCUCAGGAUCAGACUCUAAAUAAAAUAGGAAAAGCCCGACACAAAAAUGACUUUGGAAAGUCUGUGGAAGAGAAGUUGUUGGCGAAUCCUCUACCAGUGGGCAAAAUAAAAAUUUCUGAGAUGAAGGAUAACUACAGAAUGAACUACUAUAAGCCGGAAAUUCGUGAAGUUGGUACCACGAUUAAAGCACCAAGUACUUUCGAUGGAAUUGUGGAAAAAAAUGAAAUGCCAACAGCUGGUCCUGGUGUGCUCAAACACUUCGACAUCUACCUGACCGAAAACAAACUCGGGUACCCAUCAUACUCGCCCGAAGAACUGAAGAUGGCCAGAACACCCCUGAUUACUUAUUACAGUGCUACGGGGAAAUGUAAGGGUUUCGAUGGAGAACUUACACCAUCCGAGAAGCCACCCACUCAAAGAUUGUUUUCCAGGGCAAUGCCCAGAGUUCCUAACUUUGGUAUGAGUUCCACCUACAAAGAGGCUUAUAAGGAUCAAAACUACUCGGAACUUCACCCGUUCAUCAACACCAAAAAUGCCCUAGUCAAAUACGAUUCAGACAUAGAGAGUGCUGGGCCUUGGCAAAACACCUGUGCCCCCGGAAUGUACUGCACCGAAGGCUGCCAUAUUGGAACAGGUUGGCCCAUUUCCGCCGUACUAGACAUUGAAAAGACCCCAACCAUCAUACCCCACAACGUUAAGAGCUGCUCCAGAGACCAACGAUUUUAUAGUUUGUAUAUUUUGUAUUUUAAAUCUAUUUACACAAUGAGCAGUUACGAAAAGAAAGGUGAACCUUUAAUGUGUACAACAACCGCUGAUGGACACGUGGAUUAUGGCAUACCUUUUUAUUUUGCCAAAAGCAAUGACUACAGGUCAUCCACAAGAAGGGCACAUGAUCACAUACCUUCUGAGCCAUACACGUUAAGUCAGAGGGUAAAAGCCGUAAUAAACCCUAACAUCCUCAAUGUGGAUGAAAGGAUCGGGUCAGAAGGAUUCAAAAGCUCUUACCAAAGUGCCUACGUUCGUAAGCCAGCUCAGGAUGACCCUCUAUAUAAAAUAGGAAAGGCCCCACACACAAAUGACUUUGUAAAGUUUAUGCAAGAGAAUUUGCUGGCAAAUCCUCCACCAAUGGACAAAAUAAGUAUUUCUGAGAUGAAGGAUAACUACAGAAUGAACUUUUAUAAACCGGAAAUUCGUGAAAUUGGUACUACGAUUGAAGUAUCAAGUACUUACGACGGAAAUGUGGAAAAGAGUGAUCUGCCAACAGCUGGUCCUGGUGUGCUCAAACACUUCGACAUCUACAUGACGGAGAACAAACUCAAGUAUCCCUCAUACUCGCCCAAAGAACUAAAGAUGGCCGGAACACACCUGAUUACUUAUUACAGUGCUACAGGGAAAUGGAAAGGCUUCGAUGGAGAACUUAGACCAUCAGAGAAGCCGCCCACUCAAAGAUUGCUGUCCAAGGCAAUGCCCAGAGUUCCUAACUUUGGCAUGAGAUCCACCUACAAAGAGACUUACAAGGAUCAAAACUACUCGGAACUUUACCCGUUCGUCAACUCCAAAAACGCCCUAGUAAAAUACGAUUCAGACAAAGACAGUGCUGGGCCUUGGCAAAGCACCUGCGCCCCCGGAAUGUACUGCACCGAAAGCUGCCACGUUGGAACAGGUUGGCCCGUUUCCGCCGUACUAGAAAUUGAGAAGACCCCAACCACCAUACCCCACAACGUCAAGACUUGCUCCAAAGACCAAAGAUGAUGUUGUUUCAAUAAAAGGCCUUCUUAAUU